UUGUAGCCGAGCGGCCGGAGCGGUGCCCCCCGCGCAGCACAGCCGACCUGCCGGCCUGAGGGCAGCGGAGCGGCCGCGGCAGGAUGUACCAGGGACACAUGCAGAUUAAUGACCUCAUUUGGACUCUGAUGCCAGGCUCCAGGGAAGAAAGUCCAGUGCAAGCUAAUAUGCUACCAAAAUACUGCAAGGCAGUAGGUGAAACCUUGAAGAAAAAGUGGCUCUGUCUUCAAAAAAGUGACCUGACCUUUGCUUUGGGCAAAGGCGCUAGGGCGGCCGAUAAGGCUGUGGCCAUGGUGAUGAAGGAGAUUCCGAGGGAGGAGUCUGCAGAAGAAAAGCCCCUCCUCACUGUGGCAUCCCAGGGGUGCAGAAGCCAAAAGGAAGCAGAAUCAAGUGAAAAACUGGUGAAUGAGCAGCAGGAGAGCAGACCCCUCCUGAGCCCCUCCAUUGAUGACUUUCUCUGUGAAACUAAGCCAGAAGCUGUUGCAAGGCCUGUAACAUCGAAUACAGCAGUAUUAUCAACAGGUCUGGAUCUCUUGGAUCUUAGUGAACCUGUCUUACAAACCCAAAACAAAGCAAAGAAAUCAGAGAAUCCUUCAAGAACUGAAGGCAUAAAAGCUUCAACCCACAGAAAGAAGACAGAGAAUCCUGACCUGAUCAGUGUGGAUUCUGAGCAGAAAGUCCAGGCUGCCAGAGUUGCAGACAAGUCUUCUCUAGAUUUAGUUGAUAUUCAAACACAGAUAGAGAAAUGGGAUGAUGUCAGUUUUCAUGGAGACAGGAGUAGCAAGGUCCACCCUUCUGCAGAGAGAACAUCAUCAUCAUCCAGAGCUCCAUCAAAAGAGAUUUUAUGGUCCACAGAAAACAGAUCACAGUCUGAGCUGACUAAUGUCAAGAGUGCCUUGGACUCUGAUUCAGCAUCAGAAUUAGAGCUUGCACCUGCAAUACAGGUGGGGGAGCAGUGUGGUCACAGGACUUUUUCCUGCUGGAAAAGGAACUCUAAUACGGAGGGCACUGGGCUAAAGGCACGGUCAAGUAAGGAGCAGCGUUGGGGAACACCUCUUCUCUCCAGAAAUCACUCCUUGGAGGAGGAAUUUGAAAGAGCAAAGGCAGCUGUUGAGUCUGACACAGAGUUUUGGGAUAAAAUGCAAGCAGAAUGGGAAGAAAUGGCUCGCAGAAACUGGAUUUCAGAGAACCAGGAAGCACCAGGGCAAGUCACCAUCUCAACCAUCGAGAAGGGUUAUUAUUUCCACACUGACAAUCCCUUCAAAGACUGGCCUGGUGCUUUUGAGGAAGGGCUGAAAAAAAUGAAGGAAGGUGACCUGCCUGUUACAAUCUUGUACCUGGAGGCUGCAAUUCUCCAAGAGCCCAACGAUGCUGAGGCCUGGCAGUUCCUGGGUAUAACACAGGCAGAAAAUGAAAAUGAGCAGGCAGCCAUCGUGGCCCUCCAAAGGUGCUUGGAACUGCAGCCAAACAACCUGAAAGCUCUGAUGGCCCUGGCUGUGAGUUACACCAACACUGGCCAUCAACAAGAAGCCUAUCAAGCCCUGAGAAACUGGAUAAAGCAAAAUCCAAAAUACAAGUACAUAGUGAGAAGCAAAAAAGGGUCCCCAGCACUUACCAGGAGGAUGUCUAAGACAGCAGAUGAAAGCUCAUUACUCGAAGAAGUAAAGGAUUUGUACCUGGAGGCUGCUCACCAGAAUGGUGAUAUGAUAGACCCUGACCUGCAGACAGGACUUGGGGUUCUUUUUCACCUGAAUGGAGAAUUUAACAGAGCAAUAGAUGCAUUUAGUGCUGCUUUAACUGUUCGACCAGAGGACUAUACGUUGUGGAACCGCCUUGGGGCAACCUUGGCCAACGGGGACCGCAGUGAGGAGGCUGUGGAGGCUUACACACGAGCUCUGGAAAUCCAGCCCGGCUUCAUCAGGUCCAGGUACAACCUGGGCAUAAGCUGCAUCAACCUAGGGGCAUACAGAGAGGCUGUCAGCAACUUCCUCACUGCUCUCAGUUUGCAAAGGAAAAGCAGGAAUCAGCAGCACGUUCCCCACCCUGCUCUGUCAGGCAACAUUUGGGCAGCACUUCGGAUUGCUCUGUCUAUGAUGGACCAGCCAGAACUAUUUCAAGCUGCCAAUGUGGGUGAUCUAGACAUUCUCUUAAGAGCUUUUAAUCUAGAGCCGUAAUAAAAAGGAUUCAAAAAUUUAUUGAAUUGUAUUAGGAAACAGAGAACUUUUUUAUUACUCAUCCCCAAAUGACCACAUUUUCCAAAAGAUCAUGACUGUAGAUCAGUAGGGGAAUUUCUCCAGGCAUUAUUCAUAAAGGGAAAGUUCAAAAGCACAAAAAUAGUGUAAAUAAAUUCAAACUCAAAGGGUUGAAAUGAGCUGUGGCUAAUCGGACAAAGCCCUGAACUAGACAAAAUAACAAUUUCUGAAGAAUCUCCAUCCCAUGCAAGCUAUAUCUCUCUAUAUCCAUACAGCUGUAAAAAAAAAGUAUCUUAAGAAGAAACCUAGAUAAUGGUUAUUGCACCUUAGACUGGCAAGCAGUGCAUCCAAGGAACCUGCUUAGCAGCUCGUUGCACUAUGCUGACACCACUUUGCCCCACAGUGGGGAUUCCCUAUCCUUUGGUUUCUUUGAUGAAAAAUCUUCCCAAGGUCCAUUUUUAACACAGCUCUGAAAAUAGGUGCAUGUAAAAGGGAUGUGUUUUGUUUUGAAUGUAUUUAUUAGCUGGCAAUCAGUUUUUUUCUUCCAAAGGUACCUGGAUUAAUUUGGGCCCAGUUCUGCAGGCUCAUGAAGCCAUGUGCAGUGUCAGGAGGAACACAGUCCCUGCAGGGCUAUGGGAUGAGGCCAGGUACAUUUGGGAAAGCCAAGUGUUGCCAGCAGAAGAGGCAAUUUGCACUGGAAUUGUUGCUGUUCAAACCAGCUGUCCUUGAUCUGGGACAGUCUGAACAAGCUCAUGGCAGGGUCUGCACCUUUCUGUGUACUUAUGCACUUUAACCUUUCUUUUUGUAAAAUAGUGCUAUGCUUUUAUUUUAGUCACCAACAAUGGAAUGUACAGGAUGGCCUUGUUGGCAGAGAGGACCAAAUAUAAUUUCCUGAAGUGUAAUGGGAGGGUUUUCAAUAUUUUUAUGUUUAAAAAUGCAAAUACAGUGUAAACUGCAUUAACAACUAGAAAGAUUAUUAUAUGCAUCCAUCAGGUACUACACGUAUACAUGCAUGUGCAUGCACAUACAUGUUGUAUGCAAAUGAUGUCAUUUCAGAACAUAGCAAGCUACAGAUCUUUGUUGCAAA